GUCAGCCAGAGCCCUUCACUGCAAAUCCUCCUCGCAAUGCUGCUGCUGCUGCUGCUGCUGCAGGUCUUGGCGAGCUGCCUCUGGCCGGGACGCAGCGAGGUGGUGACAUCUUUUGAAAGUUCAUGCCCUCAGUUCUUCUUCCAGCAAACCCCCCCAAAUCAAGCCCUGCAGCCGCAGAACCCAGCCUGGAUCUGCCAGCGUUACCAGAAUCAGUAUUUUUUUGCCACCCUGUACGACAGUAACCUGCGCAUUCCCGUGUACUCUGCUUACCUCUACCGGCCUGCACCUGGAACGAGACCGAAAACAUGGCUGGUUGAGCCCCAG